UAAGUUUAUUAAUAUAGUUACAUCAAUAACAUUACUGUUAUUCCAAAAUGAAGUACAUCUAUGGAGUACUAUUUUUACUAUGUAUCAAGCUCGCUUAUUCUCAAAGAACGCCAAUUAUAACACAUAUUACACAAAAACUUAUAAAAGAUAUUGGCGAUACAGUAGAAUUAGCAUGUACAACCUUUAAUACCAAGGGUUUCAAUGUUUUAUGGGUUAAAGUUAUCCAAGAACCUAUUAUAUUUUCAUUUGGAAGUACACUUAUUGUAAAUGAUCCAAGAAUAUCAUUGAUACAAGAUAUAGAUAGCAAUCAAUAUAUAUUAAAGAUAGAUUAUAUUCAGGAAACCGAUGCCAGUAUCUAUCGCUGUGAUGUGGUAAUUGGGAUUAACAACAAAAUAUCUGCUUAUACUGAAUUAAUAGUGCGUAAAAGGCCAUUUAUAUAUAAAAACUCAACCAGAUCAUUAGUUGUAAUAGAAGGUCAAUCAGUGCAACUUGAAUGUUAUGCUGGUGGGUAUCCUAGACCAAGAAUUUCUUGGAGACGAGCAAACAAUGCAAUUUUAUCUAUAGGUGGAUCAAUGUAUAGAGGUAAUGUUUUGAAAAUUCCGGCUAUAACAAAAGAAGAUCGUGGAACCUAUUACUGUAUAGCUGAAAAUGGUUUUGGAAAAGGUGCCAGACAUAAUAUUGCCAUAGAGGUAAAAUUUGCUCCAGUUAUAACUGCUUUACAAACUAGUUUGGGACAAGCUGUACAUUUUGACAUAGAUCUUAAAUGCCGUGUUGAGGCAUAUCCUCCACCAGCUAUUGUUUGGUUAAAAAAUGGAGUAGAAUUAUUCAAUAAUCAUCAUUACAGUAUAUCAUUAACUGCUACUACUUACGAAAUAACAGACACUACUCUACAAAUUAUCACAAUUGAAAACCAUCAAUAUGGUGAUUACAUCUGCAAAGCAUCAAAUAUAUUAGGAACUACUGAAAUAACAAUUACUGUUUAUGAAACACUAUUACCAGAAUGUCCUCCUGUCUGUGAUGAUUAAACAUUAUUAUACUUAAUUGUCCAAGCAAACUGCUGUU